AUGUUAUCCAAGGCUCUGAAAGCAGCUCACUUCCCUCGUACUUCAAGAUCAUCCCUAUAUCCAAUCGCGCUCCGCUCCAAUGCUCGCCUCACCCGUAGCUUCUACGCCUCUCCCAUUCCUCGAGCAGCCAAUGAGAUCACUCGUCCGGCCAUCGAUACCCCCUUGAGCUUGUGGAAUUUUACAGAGGAGGAGGAGAUGGUACGUGAGACAGUAAGGAGGUACGCCGAAGACGUCAUAGGACCAAAGGUCAGGGAGAUGGAUGAAGCGGAGAAGAUGGAUCCUGCAGUCGUCCAGGGUCUUUUCGACAAUGGGCUUAUGGGCAUUGAAACCCCUGCUGAUCUAGGCGGAUCGGAAGCUUCUUUCACCAGUGCCAUCAUAGCCGUCGAAGAGCUUGCCAGAGUCGAUCCUAGUGUAGCCGUAUUGUGUGACGUGCAUAAUACAUUGGUCAACUCUGUCUUGAGAAUGUACGGGAAUGACCACAUUAAGGAAAGGUGGUUACCUGAUCUUGCUACUUCCAAGGUCGGAUCUUUUUGUCUCUCGGAACCUGCGGCGGGAUCGGAUGCUUUCGCUCUUCAAACCACUGCCAAACUCGACAAAAGCGGGGACUUUUAUGUCGUCAACGGGAGCAAAUGUUGGAUCUCUAAUUCUGAACAAGCCGACACAUUCGUUCUAUUUGCCAAUGUCAAACCUGAAGAUGGAUACAGAGGAAUCACCUGUUUCAUACUGAGUAAAGAUAUGGGUGUCCAAAUUGUCAAAAAGGAAGCCAAGCUCGGAAUCAAAGCUUCCUCCACUUGUGUGUUGGCGUUUGACGAUGUCAAAAUACCCAAGGAGAACGUAGUGGGUGAAGUUGGUAAGGGCUACAAGAUCGCCAUUGAAAUUCUCAACGAAGGACGGAUCGGGAUUGCUGCUCAGAUGGUAGGAUUGGCGCAGGGUGCUUUUGAAAAAGGGAUCAGAUACGCGUAUGACCGUAAACAGUUCGGGAAACCAGUGGGAGAUUUCCAAGGGAUGGCAUUUCAGUUUGCCGAGGUCGCUACGGAGAUUGAAGCUGCGAGAUUGUUGACGUACAAUGCGGCUAGGCUGAAGGAAGAAGGCCGCCCGUUCUUGGUCCAAGCAGCUCAAGCCAAAUGGUACGCUUCGGUCAUAGCGCAAAAAGCCGCCGGUCAAGCUAUCGAAUGGUGUGGCGGUAAUGGCUUUGUGCGUGAUACCGGUGUAGAGAAGUACUGGCGUGAUAGCAAGAUUGGAGCGAUUUACGAGGGAACCAGCAACAUUCAAUUGGAAACAAUUUCGAGGUGGCUUAGUGGGUUUUCUUCAUCAUCAAAGAAUCUAGCUGACAUGGGUUAG